AUGUCAUCUGAAUAUUCUUCAACUAUUCACCUCACACAAGAGGAACUACAACAGGAUGUCCAAAUAUCAGUUUCUGACGCUCAAGAAUGGACAGCUGAGCUUCCCUUUAUAGGUCUCCGUGACUAUGAUGACAAUGAAUCAGUUGACCUCUUCUCGUUUAUUACAAAUGGGCCCAAAUUUACACGAGCACAAUUCAAUCCAGAUCACUGGCCACCUACAAAUGCAGGUAGAAAGAAGUUGCUUUUUCACUUGCAGCAACUUGCAAUUAAGUAUGGUACCGAUUUCAAUGUAGAUAGCUACAAUGGCACACUAAGAUGAAAUCGUGUAAAUGGACAAACCAACCCCCGAGCUACCCGAACAGCCAAGGGCACUACUGGAAACUGUCUAUGCAACUGUGGCCUAUCUUUGAAAUUCUCUAGGAACAAAGAGUUCAUCUACCUUGCAUGUAAGGGAGAGAAGAUCCACAAAUACCACCCCAAAGCCCCCGGUCCAUUGCCUUUGAAGGCAAACAAUCUAACUGACGAACAAAAACAGCAGCUCCUGGCUCAGCAGAGGGCAGCAGUUGCCAACCCCCAAUCUUGCAAAAUCUUACUUGAGCUUAAGCAGGGGUACAUUUCAAAAUCUGCCUAUCGAACUAUAAUGAUAACUGCACCGGACUACAUAGCCGCAAAAGCUGUUGCUGGUGCAAACUCCUCUGCCGCUGAGUUUAUAGGCUGGUUGAGAGCUCAAGCCGCAAAUCCUGAAACAAAUCUGUUGUAUAUGGUACUCUCCUAUGCCCUGACGUCUAAGAAUCGUUGUGUUGUUAGAAGGUAUAUCCAAAAUCCAAAGGGUCGGAGGUCCAACAGCAAUCCUCCCUCUAAUCCCGAGACUGUCAUGAACAACCUGACAUACAGGGAUGAACUUCUACUACCGAUUGAAAUCCAGGAAUCCUUGGCAAGCUCUCGCAAAUCAACCCCUACUCCUCCCAUUGGUAAGGGUGGACUAGUAGCAAAAAACAACCUUCGCCAAGCUGCUAUAGAUCGUGUUGCACUACCAAUGUGGCAGGACUAUUGUGCAUCUGUUGGUGUUGAAGACCAUUUGCAAAAUACCAAAGCCAUCGGAGAGAAAAAAGAAGCAAUUUUUGUCGUGCAGCAAAUGAAGUUGACAACCAAACCAUUGGGAACAGUUUGGCCUACACCUCUGGCGAUGGCAAAGAAUCUUGUGAUGAGGAUACAGCUAGUAGCCAUAUGGAUUGUAAUGCAGCUCAGGGAAAGGUCGGAAUUGCUGAUAAACUAUGUGCCAAGCCUGCCCCCAUUGUUCCCAAAGGCUUAUACUCUAUUGCAAAUGUAUCCAUUGCAAACCAGACCGUGCUACUAUUUGAGGGGCGGUAUCUGA